UGACAGGCGAGGCGGGGCCACGGCGGGGCGGAGCCGCGCGGCUGAUCCGGAGCGCCGGGGCCGUGGAGGGCGGGGGAGACACCGGGCACGGAGCGCCGCCGCCGCCGCUCCCCGCAGCCAGGCAGAGGCCAGGCCUUGUUUACUCGGACAGUCGCAGAAGUUGGCGGUGGACAUUGAAUCUCCAACCUCCCAAGAGACUGACCACACGUGUAUUUUUGGAUGUGCCUCCACCUGUGAGCAGGGAAACCUGGAAAGGUGAGAAGAGGAAGCUGAAGCCCAAUUCACAAGAUGCCAUGAUGAAGUUUCAGCCUGGUUCCAGGAUGGUGCUGAAGCAACACUGAGGCUCCUCCUGUGAGAUAUCCACAGUCCAGUGUAUAGAGAAAGUGCUUGCUGACUCUCCCAAGUGUUGACGGUCCUGUGUCUUCAAGAGAUGCAUUCCAGGACAAGAAAACACUGACUCAUUUGGUUUUGUGAAUAACCAAGAUCCUCGUCCACUACUUCGGAAAAUUCUGCUGGUAGCAUGAUGGAAUUGGUGGGAUAGUGUCACUUUCUGGAGCUAAGAGAAAUGGGUAUUAUAUCACCUUUAAAAGGAAGAGUCAUGACAUUGCUAUUAAUUUUUAUGUAUCCUUCAGAUGGGAUACAAAGAUUAACAGUGAUUUGAAAAAUCUGAAGGUCUUGAGUAGAAACUUAGAUAAAUUCUAAAAAUGGGAAGAAUUUUUUUGGAUCAUAUUGGUGGCACUCGCCUGUUCUCCUGUGCAAACUGCGACACGAUCCUGACCAACCGCUCUGAGCUCAUCUCCACUCGUUUUACAGGGGCCACAGGAAGGGCCUUUCUUUUUAACAAGGUGGUCAAUCUGCAGUACAGUGAAGUUCAGGAUCGGGUCAUGCUCACUGGCCGCCACAUGGUCCGGGACGUGAGCUGCAAGAACUGCAACAGCAAACUGGGCUGGAUCUAUGAGUUUGCCACUGAAGACAGCCAGCGCUACAAGGAGGGCCGCGUUAUCCUGGAAAGAGCCUUGGUCCGGGAGAGCGAGGGCUUCGAGGAGCACGUUCCAUCCGACAAUUCCUGAAGAGGCCCCGGUCUCUUCUCAGGUCUCUUCAAUUGAACCUCCAAUGUAAUAAAAUCAACAAAAAAAUCUGCUUACAUACACUGUCACCUUAGCAUCAGAGUCGGAUUCAUGGACUACAAAGUGGGAAAGAUUGUGAGAAUAUUUCAGAUGGAACCUUACUUUCUUUAUUCCUUUUAUAUUUUACUUUUCCUCCAGCAGCUGUUUGUAGAAAGAAUGUUGUGCAGAUGCUGUAACUUCUUCUCUUUCAUUUACAUCUGUUAGAUUUGAGAUUGUAUCUUAAGGUACAGUGGGCUAAAAGGAAAAUAUUUGCAGGAUUUGUCUUUUGUUGGAGAGAAAUUCAAUGAGAGUUUUUUUUUUAGUUUGCACAAACUCAUGUCAGCAUCAAGUUAUUUUAAAACUACAGAUGUUUUUUUAAAAGUAUAUUCCAACUUUUGGCUUAAGUUUUUAGUUAGGUUUUUGGUUUUUUGGGGUUUUUUUACCCAGCCUUUUCACCUGGUUUGCUAGCUAAAGUGAAGAGAUCCGAAUUUGUGCUGAGUGCUAAAGGUUCAGUGUUGGUACAGCUUGGGCUGGCCCAUGUGCCAUAUUCUUGUUGAGGUUGAUUGGUAGCACAGAGCCCAUUAUUUCUUGUCAUUCUUGACCCAAAGAUGUCACCAUUCCUUGUUUAUUCGUGAAGUCCCAUUCACCACAUAAACUGGUGUUGAUUGGAAACUAUCCUUGAAAUAGGGUGAAACUGCUUGGCUUUUUUUAACUUUAACAGAUGUAACUUAUGAGCAUAGUAAUAAUAUAAAGUAAUAGCUGUCUGUUUAGUCUUGCAUUGCUUACAAAUCCAGCUGUGUUUGUAAUGAUAGGGAUUCACUGAGAAACUACUGUUUCAGUAGUCUUUUUUUUUUCAUUUCUCUACUAAUCUCAUUAAGUUAGACAGGGAAUUGCAAAUCUUAAUUCUUCUUCAAGUAGCUUUCUUUAAACCCAGAACUUCCUAUGUUAAACACAGCUGCUGUGUAAAAGGAGAAGAUUGCCAGCAUGUUUGUUCAUGCGUAGAGUUAUGCAAUCUGCAUCUCUUGAAAAGAUUAACUUAAACAGCUUGUUUUCAAAUGCUGCUUCUGGUGUUGAAACCUUUAUCUCUCAACUUUGUUGAACGUUUUCAUUGUGAUGUUAUGUUUUUAUCUUUCUGGGCAGCAGUACAUGUCAUCCUAGUAGUAACUAGUGACUUGAAUUCCUGCUUUGUUCUUGUAGAGGUCAGCUCUGUUUAAGACAGUGAUCUUGCUUGCCUUUUUUAGCAAAAAUGCUGUUCAUUAACUUAACUCAAGGGUGCCCAAACUAUUUCAUUGUGUCUUAAGCCAUAAGUUAGGAUCUCAAGGGCUGAAAUUUAUUUGAAUGCUAGAUAUGUAUGAUUUCUUAUCCAAGAUAUGAGUUGGUUGUGGUUUUUUUCUUAUUGGAUAAAUUGUGGUCAACGUGAAUUAAGUUACCCACAGACGUAGGAAGGGGGGGGACCCCCACCCAGCAAAUGGAUCUGGGUUCUGACCUUUCAGAGUAAUUUUCUUCUCUAGACACAGCUCCAUAUCUGAAACUAAGAUGUGGAGGGUGACUAUGCAGAGUAUUUUUCUUAAUUUUUUUUUGUUUGCCAAGUGGCAAGUUGGACACCCCUGACUUGAAUCUACUGCCUCUUUCAUGUAAAGGUAGCUUUGUUCUAGAAAUGUCACAUAGAAAGAAAACAGAGUAGAUCGCAUACCAGAGCUGUGCUUGAAUCAAGCUGCUUAAACAAUAGUGUACUUGUGCCUCAAAUGAAUCAGUUUUUGCACUGAGUACAGUAGUACCCCAUUAUCUUGUACUUCUGUCCUUCACAGACCCUGGAAGCGCCAUUAGCAUGGUUCUCUGCAGUACUUUUCUUGUACUUCUGACAUUACAGUACAAUAAAGUAUGUUUUGUCCUGAACUGA